GUGGUGUCAGCCAUAUUGGAAUAAAAGUAAACAGAGUUCUCGGCUUUACGUGCAGAAAAAAAGGAAAUUUGUGUUGAACAACGAAGACUGGGGAGACAGCCUUUAAUAUGACUUUAAACGAUUAUCUAGAGACUCGUAUUCUGCAAUAAGAAAGAAUAUUUACUAGAUUUCUUGUUGCAGAACGGGAUCGAUACUCGAGCUGAACCAUGAACUCGCAAAACUUGUUUCAGAGGCUCUGCCCGAUCUUUUGUGUUUUUAGUCUUGCGCUAUCGUUUCAAAUAAGUGCUGGUUCGACUAUUGAAGGGAAAACGCCCGAAGUGCCAAAGUUACGAUGUGUAGUGUAUAAAGACGACAAGUGUAACAGUAGUAUCGAGCACUGCGAGACAAUUCAGGAAUGUGACUCUGAGAUGCCGCACUGUUUCACGGCAUGGCGUAACACCUCCAAUGGUAUAGACAUUAUGAAACAGGGCUGCUGGGCCGACCAGGAUAUGUGUGACCAGGAGAACUGUAUCCAGAGUCAAAAGAUCACGAGCGUGCCAUUCUGUUGUUGUAACAAACCGCUUUGUAACCAGGACAUCACCCCGAUAAAUUACCCUCCCACGUCGACACCUAGUACGACAGGUACAGAUACCUCAUCAACAAAGACAAAUCCUCCGGAGGACAAGUUGUUAAAAACUUUACUCUACUCCAUUGUUCCUAUCAUUGUCCUCGUCAUAAUCAUCAUCGGCGUGUUCUUUAUGUGGAGGUUCUACUUCAAGGACAACAGAUACAUGCAGCACCACCAGCUGUCUACUGGUGACCCUGAGCUUGACCUCCCACCCUCGCCACACCCUCUUCGGCCAGUACAGCUGGAGGAAGUCCGGGCACAUGGACGUUUCGGAGUUGUCUGGAAAGGCAUUAUGACUGAUCAGGUGGUCGCUGUUAAAAUCAUGCCGUUUAAGGAGCGUUCAUCGUGGAUGACGGAACAGGAGAUAUACAAGCUACCUCACAUGAAGCAUGACAAUCUGCUUGCAUUUAUUGGAGCAGAAAAGCGUGAAGAGAACCUCUGGCUAAUCUCGGUCUUCCACGAGUUUGGAUCACUGUCCGACUACCUCAAAGGCAAUACCAUCACCUGGAGUGAGCUCUGCAAGAUUGCGGAAUCCAUGACCAACGGCCUGGCCUAUCUGCACGAUGAGAUCCCAGUAGCUCGCGGAUUGGAGGGGAAACCAUCAAUAGCUCAUCGUGACUUCAAGAGUAAAAAUGUGCUCUUGAAGGAUGACCUGACAGCUUGUAUCGCAGAUCUUGGUCUGGCCAUCAAGUUUGAACCAGGCAAAAGCCCAGGGGAGACUCAUGGUUUGGUGGGAACAAGGCGUUACAUGGCGCCGGAAGUCUUGGAAGGUGCAAUCAGUUUUAACCGAGAUGCUUUCUUGCGUAUUGACAUGUACGCAUGUGGCCUGGUGAUGUGGGAACUCAUGUCGCGGUGUUCGGGCUCGGACGCCCCGGUGGAAGACUACCAGUUACCAUAUGAGGAGGAGAUAGGCUCACAUCCUACUCUGGAGGACAUGCAGGAGCUGGUGGUGAUGAAGAAGAUUCGCCCCUCCGUCAAGGAUCACUGGAUCAGACAUGCGGGACUUGAGGCUCUGAUUCCCACUAUAGAAGAAUGUUGGGAUCAGGAUGCAGAAGCACGGGUGUCGGCUGACUGUGUCCACGAACGCUUGCUGCAGAUAGGCCGCACUCUCAACGUAUCUAACUCAACCAGCCAUUUACUCUGUCCCAACCAGGAAACAACCCACUACCAGAUAUCUACCAUCUCAUCGUAGCUCAAACUUGGCCAAACUGGGGAGGGGAUAGUAAAGACAAAUUGAUUGAAUGAGGGAGGGAAAGGGAAGGGCAGUGCAAGUCAAAUGGGAAGGGAGUGGGAAGGGCUGUACAUUACAUCACAGACUUGACGGGGAGGGAAAGUUAACGGCUGUGCGGACAGUGCCAGGGGGAGGGGAGAGGAAUGUCGAAAGUGAGGUUUGUAUGCAGUGAAAAAGGACGCUACAAUACAAACUUAUAUAUAUAGAGCUUCUCAAAUCAUAUUGCUACAGCGACAGGGACGCUUGAUGAAUUAUGGAGUUUUGUGAUUCAGUCUUUGUGUGUGUGUUAGCAGACACAUCCCACCUCAGGAGCUACGUGACACUGUGGGAUCUCGCCUCUCUCAUUAUACAAAGAGGAGACGACCAGUUAUAUUUAUAUAUAUAUAUAUAUAUAUAUAUAUAUGUGUGUGUGUGUGACAGCCAUGGACAUAAUGUAGAGAACGUGCAGGACGGACUGUUCUGAUCUACUGACCGCUGGGUCCAGGAAUAACAUCCAGAUUAUAGCAUAAGUAAUGCUAUAUGUUACGGAUUGAGACUGUUGAUUUCAAAAACAAGCAUUUCAGAAGAAAAGAAAAUGUUCUACGUGACAAAAACAAAAAAGCUGUUCGACGCAUAUAGUUCUGUGUCAUUGUUCAUAAGGAAUAUAGGCUGCCAUGCAAAAUUUUGAAGUUUCAUGAUGUAGACCAGAGGUCAGUGUCCGUAUACCUCAUAUUAAGUGACAUGACUCUUGGUUCAAAUGUAAAGUUACACAUCAUAAAUUUAAAAAAGUGUUCAGAAAUGUGUUAUUACCUUUGUUUGUCACUCUGAUUAAUGUUAUGAGUGCAUAGAAAUUAUUUCAUUUCAAGGGGCUUGUGGCUACAAGAACCAGACCUGUCUACACAUGAAACUUCAGAGUUCGUCAGGAACAUUCUGAAAAUGUAUAAUGAUCAUGUUACUGUUCAAGCAUCAUUGAUUCAACAUUGAGCAUUUGUUCAAGUGUUUUUGAACCGGUUGAACAAGUGUUCCGCGGCGUUCCUGGGUAUUUGAACAGGUGUCUGCUGUUGAUCAACUGAUGUAUGUAUCUAUGGCCGAGUUGGAUCAUGGGUUUUAUGUAUUUGUUUCCGGUACGUUUUCCUUGACAUCCCAUAGAGCUGUGUUUCUAGGCUCUCUGCUGUGUUGUUGUAGCUGUCAUUUAUGGUCUUGUUAUCCCAUGGUUUUUUCUUAAUCUCAAUUGCACUGGAACACACUGAUUGGAAAUUUCAAAUUCAGGUAUUACAACUUAUGCCAAAAGAUUUCUGCCAUGAAGCAUUGCUCCUAAUACAAUCUGCUGUGGAAAUCAUACUCUUUUUCGUGGCAGCAGUGGUAAUGCACUUUGUCCUAUUCAAAGUAAGUCUGUGUGAAAGAAUUAAACAAAUGCCAAGCAUGAAAUUGUGAUAGAACCAAGGGGAGGUAACUUGACACCGAUUGUUGACUUCAAUCACUCAGAAAAUCAUUAUCAUGAGUUAUCAUCAUCAUCAUCAUCAUCAUCAUCAUCAUGGCUGAUAUUUGACAUAAAUACCUCAUACAUUUACUUAGGAUUUAUGAUUGCAUGUUUCUUGUUUGAUUCCCCACUACUCCUUUUCCCAUCAACUUUGUAAGUGUUGUUAUACUAUGACCAAUAGAAACAUCAUCAGUUGAUAAGAUCCUGCGUGGAGCUCAACCUUUGUCUAGAAUACGUACACGUGUAAAAUAUGUAACGAAGAUGUACAGAUCUUGUUAUAUAACUUCUGUCUGGUUAAGAUUCAAAACUACUUGAGCUUAAAAUAUACCUCAUGUAAAGGGCAUGAUUUAUAUACCUCGUGAUUUGGUCUUAAAAACCUAUUUGCAAAUUAUAUGUAAAUCAGAUAGUUUGCGAGGAUGAUACAUAUCUGAAAUUCCAAGUAUUUUGUUUGGAAGAUUGAUUCUGUUUGAUAUAUUCGGCUGAGCAAGAUCAGUUUAGAGUGAACAUGGCUAAACACCUACCACAGGUGUAAUCCUGUUACGACAAUCUGGAACUUUUUGUUGUUAUUAGAGAAUGAUGAAGGUAGACAAACAACGGGAACCUGAUAGAUCAGUUAAUGCAUCAGAAAGUAGAACACAAAUGUUUAUCAAUUAAUCAACUUGUGAAAUAACUUGUACGGAAACAAUUAAUCACGAUAACACCAAUGUUCUUGUACUUUUUCUUACUGUGAAACUAAUGUUGUAAGCCAUGCAAAGUACAGUAACUAAUUUCCAAUUUUGGCCAGACAUGAAAAUCUCCCCCUCUCCCCCACAUAUUCCAGCUUUAAGACAUUUUUAAAAGAUUACAAAACAACAAAUGUGUUUAAAGUGUCAACUAUUUUGUUGUUUAGGAAUAAACGAUGUCUUAGAAAUGGGAGUGGUCAGACCUUUGUAUAUUUGUUUAUUCAUUAAAAUGUAAUUUAUUUCUCUAGCAUUGUACAUAGAGGAGAUUACUAGAGGCUUAAAGGAAUAGAUAGUAUUUGUUGUUUAUUGUUCUGUACAGACUGUCUACUACGUUGUGUCGCGCAUUGUUCAUGCCAUUACAAUAACAAGUGCUGUCUAUGAUAUAUUGUAUCCACAGGGAAAUGCUGGUGAUGUCUUACUUCAAACAAUAAGCAGAAACAAAAUAUAGGUCUAUGAAUCUACAUGUUUUCUGCUGUUGUCGAGUAAAAUAUCUUUUGAUUUGAAACCCGUUCAGGGAUGGAUCCAGGCGAUGAAUCAGGGGGACUGCACUUUAAAAAAUUUUUCUAUAAUUUCCUCCCAAAGGAUGAAAGCCCACACUUUUUGGUUGUUUGAUUUUCACUUUGGUAGUUUCUUCACUAAACCAUCCCACACCACCACCACCUGCACUUGACAACAUCAUGACCUCAGCAGAUAUCUUUUUAACACUUAACACGAAAUCCUGGAUCCACCCCUGAUGGUGUGUUCAGAAUGGAAAGCUUUUCUGGAGAUACGGAAAAUUUCUGUUACUUAUUUUCCGUAACUCCAUUAAAGCAUCAGAUGAGGAAGGUUUGUGAAGGCCUGGUGUAAUGAAGCUGAACUGAAAAAUGUGUGGAAUGGAUAAAGGAAAAUGACACAAAUAUGUAGUUGUGGUGAUAUAAUACCAUGUAUUUGUUAUUUCAUGUGUUGUCUUGAUACGAUGCUGUAUAAAGAAAUCAUUCUUUUAAUCUGAAUGACAUAUUAUUAUGUGGGGUUUUGUCAUAUCACUUUUAAUUUCAAAUGACUAUUUUAACAGUUAUAUUUAUGCAUUUGAGAACAGUCAAAAAUCACGAUGUAAAUUAUUUCAUGGCUUGUUUAGAAUUCUGCUCAGCGUAUUGAAUUAUGACAGAGUUUAAUCUGUUGCACAGUUACCUCCCCUUAUCAACUCUGACAUUACAGUAUGGUAUGUGGAAUGAGUUACAACUUUUACAUCACAAACCAUUAAACUGAAAGAAGACUGUGUGUCUAUUAGCCAAACCGCUGUGUUUACUUAAAAUUUAAAACAAACAUCUGAAAUUCAUGGAAAAAGGUAUACAAGAUUUAACUUAUUCACCCCUGAAGACACAAUUUAACUCUUUCAAUUCAAAAUUUAUAGUUAAUCAUGAAAUUUCAGGGGUAAGUGAGUUAAACAAGAUAAAAACAUCAGUCUGGUUGAGUUUCCAUUGCAGGGGAAUCCUAGUAGUUUUUAGGCGUAGACAAGUUCUAAUUUUAAUGAAGAAUUAAUUACAAAGACAACCAUUUGAAAUACAUUAUCGAUAAAAUUUUAUAUUUUUAAUUAAGGAAAUAUUGUUUAGAUUCAUGAACUUAUCUGACUCAAAAAAAGGCCCUUUGGCAAGAUUGACCGUAAUAACCCACAAUAUGUAAAUCAUGAGUGUAAUUUUUUUUCCAAAGGAAGUCAACUGUACAUGUUCAUUCAAACAAGCAAAACAAAAAUAAUUGUAUUUCUAGCAGCCUGUUUUUGUCAGACACGCAGCUGUCCUGUAUGUCUAAAAUUCAGUGGAUUAUUACCCCCUUUCACCACUGUAGACCAUAAUGGACUCAUCCAUAUCAAUGCAUGGUAGAGUCUUAAAAGUUACAUAGGGGUGAAAGGGUUAUACAAAUCUGCCUUCUCCUCCUUCUCACACAGUCAAAGGCCCAUAAUUACAAGCUCGUUUCAGAGGUCUGGACUUUUCAAAAAGGGGAAAUUGAAGGAUAACAAAACUCAAAUAUUUAGUAGUCCGAUACUUUUGAUUUCAAAUGUCACUUUGGCUUACUCUCUGUGUUUUAUUGCUUUUGCCUAUCAAUUUCAGCAGUGUCUGUUUAAUAGUUAUGUUUCAAAAAAGGAAAGAAGCUUGGUGACUGGCCCAUUUUGUCCCUUAUGUUGCUGUAUUCGUACCAAUUUUCGAAUAACAUGCCCAACAAAGGGAAUUGGCAAUAUGUAAAGGACAACUCGAAGACGAAAUCUAUAUCAAGGGGAAAAUGUGAGCCGGCUGAGGGAUGUUGGGGAAACGGGUCCUCAGUUCUGUCCUUAGUUGCAUUUUCUGUAAAAUAUCAUAAAAAAACAUCAGCAUUAAUUUAACAUGAAUGUUAUGUAAAACAAACUUUUUAAACAGAUAAUUGCUCAGCUUGUAUCUCAGGAAUUUCAUACUAGCCCUCCAAUACUUAAAAACCAUAUAACAACAUAACCCAGAGUGAUGUCCCCAUAGAGCCUCAUGGCAGAAACAUAGAAGGACCGAAAGUACUGUGAAGGAAACAUUGUAGGGUUAAUUAAAGGAUUUCAAACAAUUGUAUGAUUUGGUUACAACAAAAACAUAACUACCUCUAAACAAGCUGCUAAAUCUUGAUCAGAAUCUGAUCCUCCUAGAACUUCUAAGCCAGUAUCUGUGACCAGGGCCUUUAUAUUGGUGGGUCAAGCAUAGGACGAUAUACAUUGAUAACAGGUCAUUAAAUUUGUUUUUAUUUUCUUUAGUAAGAGAAUGGGUUGAAAGCACAAUUGAUUAGCCUUGUACAGAUAUCUAUAUAAUCUUGUAUCUUCCUGAUCCACUUGGAGCACACCAGACUAAUGCUCACAUGAAAGUUGACAAAAACUAGAUGAACAGUGUAGCUAUGAUGUGUACAAAUUAUGAUUUAAUUUUAUAAUUGGAAACAAAAUAGCAUACCUGUAAAAGUUUUAAUUCAUUUUGAAUUCACAGACGGUUGUUUUUUGUUUCAGUGAUUUGUUAAUUUAUUUUCAAUCUCAGGUUAAAAAUUUUAAAUGUAUAAAUAAUUUCAAAUUUCUCAAGAAAUAAGCGUAUUAAUGUGGCCUUAUGUACCUUGACUGUACAAUGAAAUCACGGCAGUUAUCUUUUCUCUUUGUGGCCACGCAAGACCAAUCAUACCAGCAGGGGCAGCACUGACCUUUAGUUCAUGCAUAAUUAGCAGUUAACUGUGAAAAUUAACCUUUUGUUCAUGCAUAGAUUAAAGUUAAGGUUUUUCAUUGGUUGUGGACAUUGACCUUUGGUUUAUUCAUAAAUUCAAGUCAACUGUUUUGAUUGGGUUGUAGUUCCUGCAUUCAUUAAUUUAGGUUUAAUUCUUAAAGAAAUCCUAAGGAAGUGUUAAGGCACUAGAUACACUGUAUUGUAUUGGUACGAUACUGUAUAUACACUGUAUCGUAUUGGUACGGUACUGUAGAUACACUGUAUUGUAUUGGUAUGGUACUGUAGAUACACUGAACUGUAUUGGUAUGGUACUGUAGAUACACUAUAUUGUAUUGGUAUGGUACUGUAGAUACACUGUACUGUAUUGGUAUGGUACUGUAGAUACACUGUAUUGUAUUGGUAUGGUACUGUAUAUACACUGUAUUGUAUUGGUAUGGUACUGUAGAUACACUGUACUGUAUUGGCACUGUACUGUAUUGGUAUGGUACUGUAGAUACACUACUGUAUUGGUAUGGUUCUGUAUAUACACUGUAUUGUAUGGGUAUGGUACUGUAGUACAUCAUUGUUGGAUGGGUAUGGUACUGUAGAUACAUCAUUGUUAGCUUGUCUGAUACCAGGAUCCCUCUCAAACUAAGCAGCUGUGCUCUUAUGACUGAGCAAACUCGUAGGUUGCCGAUUGUUUAAUUCAGGCUCUGUAAUGUAGGUCAGUCUCCAUAUCUUUAUCAACAAUGGUGCCAUGUCAUAUUCCUACUGAUAUUACUGCAGCAGGUGUUCACGGGAAUGUCUGCAUUACCUCAUAAUGUUAAUGUGUAGACUCUGCUGCCUAAGCUUUUAUUUUGAUUUCUUGACUUGAAGAUACCUUAUUUCGUUUAAAUUGUAAUCAGGAAAAAACCAUUUGAAAUUAAAGCAAUUAAUUUGAAAAGUGUAGAUUCAGUGAAUAUUAGGAUUUCCUGGAUUUGACUACAUUUUAUUUCACAUAUGUGGGAGGAAGGAGGUGUACUUCAUCUUAACCAAAACUAAAUGUAGAAUGUAGGUCAUUGUAACUAUGUUUACUGACAUAUGAUUGUAAUAUAUGUCAGUUUCUCAUGUUAGUAAGCCAUUUCUCUACAGGUACUGCCGAUAGUAUUAUCACAAGAUUUCAUCACCCUAACAAACUUUCUUAUUUAUUAAAAUAAAACAUUUAUCUAGAUUUUAUCCAACGUUAUUAUACUCAUUUCCUGAACAAUGAUUUUUCUAAUAUCACGUAGUCAUGGAAAUGUGUGUUUUUUUUUAAAUAAAGUGCUUUUUAUUUCCACCAUUAAAAGUGGGUAAGAUGUGGUUUAUUUAUAUGUGUGUUAAAUGUUUGGUGUAGAGCCUUACUCACAAUGCAGGCCAAUAUUGUUUGGCUGUCAACCCGGUGACACGUAUACCUUAAUAUUAAAUAUUAUUAUAACCAUUAAAAAUACAUAUUUUCAAUAUGAAAUAUUAUUAUAAUUGAUUGAAAAAUAACAUUUGUUAAUUGUUUGAAAUAUAAACCACCCCAAAAAAAAAAAAAAUCAGAAUAUCCCAAUAUUGUCAUUCUACUUAGUAGCUUUUAAUAUUUUUCUUUGCAGUUUAAAGCUUUUAUUUUCUGUACAUAAAAAAAGACAAUCAAAACACUUUAAGAUAUUCCGUUUUUUGGUAAUGAAAGGCUUGGUUAGGUCAUCCUUAGACCAUUUAGAUACGAUUCAGUCCAUUCUAUUCCAUUCACCCCUCGUUAUGAAAUAUCGCUUUUGUUGUCAUGACAAUGACCUUAGAACAUGAUGGAGAUUAUAUUUUUGAUACAAAAAGGCAUUGUCAUGGCAACAGAUUCGUGCUUUUUCAGUUAAUAUUUCUUGUAUGGAAAAAAAAACUAGUUCCUUUGGUCGGUACUGCACAUUCAUUGAAGACCAAAGAAAUUUCAGAAAGCUGGUAAAAAAUAUAUUGGGACAGUUGUGUAAGUAAAUUGUCUAAUUUUACGUUGUAUACGUAGAUUUUCCGUAGCGACUUGCGACCUCUCCACACUAAACACUGCUGUAAUGCGGAAUAGCCACACGUUCCCAGCCAGGAGUGGUUUGUUCUAUUGUACAUGUAAUUAUAGUCCGUUUGUAAUUUUUAUGUCUCCUUAGAUUUAUUGGAGAAGAAAGUCUGCAGGCCAGUAGAAAAUAAUUUCAACAUGUUUGGUUUUUAUAGAAAUGAGUUUUAGUAUAACGAAAGUGAGGCUAUUUUGUUAAUUAUUUAUAAUCUACAGUAGAGGAUAUCUUUACUGGAAUAUCAGUUUUUGUGAAUUUUAUAGUUGCAAUUUACUGUUCUAUUGGGAUUUUUUAAAGAUGGGAAAACUGUUUUAAGUAAAAAAAUUAUGCAUUUGGAAUAUUUUGUACACAAUAUUGAAUUUUAAUAUAUUAUCAUUGAUCAAGUGGUCACAUCAGGAUGAUAAGAGUUUUUGCUUCAGUCAACUGUAUUGUAUUUUUAAUUUCUUCCUCUGCAUGAUCGGGGUCGAAUUCAUCAUGUUGUGUGGAUUAAUGUUCUUCUUGAGAUAUUGGUCAAUAAGACAUUGUAAAGAGGAAGUGCUAAAAACGGGUAUUUAUAAGUAUAGGUCCUAGUGACACGGUUUACUGAUUUCCCUGUAAGAAAUGGCUGUUCUCUUGGCUUGUAAGUGAAGAGGCAAAGUCGUUAAGUAAAUUUGAUUUUAUUGCUGGGAAUAUAUUUCAUCCUUUUAGUGAUGGGUUCACAUGUAUGUUUUGUGAAUGAGUGACCGUACUGGUCAUUCUCUGCUGACCAGUCACUUGAUCAUGUUUAAAGAAGGUAGCAGAGACUCGUACAGUUGGCAUUAUAAGCUAUUUUAACUUGUUUCUGUUUUUUUCCCCCUCAAACAUGCCGUAGCUAGCACUGUUGGCGUCCCGUUUUGGCCUCCUGUAAUGGCGGACCUGUACAAGUGUCUGCCUGUGAAUGUUGACCCACUUGUGUACAGACUUAGUUCAGUGUACUACUGUAUAUUAUAACAAGGGUUUAUCAACAUCAUUAUAUAUGUUUACCUUGUAGUAGAUACUUGUUUAAAUUUGUGAAUAAUAAAGUACAAACUACUCAUAA